UCUAUUUUUAUUUUUGAAUUGAUUAUUUAAUACUUUCAAUUGAACAAUUGUACACAACGAUAGACUGUUUUUAAAUGAUUUUCUUUAACGAAGUUGAACACGCAUCUUGUAGUCAUUUAGUGACGUCAUAGCGUUCCGUGUGACGGCCAGCCAAUCGCUGCAUUGUCUGACUGUUAAGCCCCGCCCAUUGAAUCAUUCUAUGCGGUGCGUCGAAAACCAAACCGCGACAUUUUGCAAACCUUUCCAAGUAAAGCUUGGCACGGCCACCGUCGUCACAGCUCCAACACUUUAGAGCAAAGAAACGUUUGUCGUCAUUUGACGUCAUCUAACGGGACCAGACAUUACAACGCGGAUAUUUCCCAGCUUUGUUGCGGUCCGUGAAGUCAACGAAAACUUGGUCAACAAGCCCGCGGUGAUCCCGCACAGUCGCUUCGUGUCGCAGAUUGUCCUUUUAACACUCGACCAGAACCGGGACCAAGACCGGGACCACGUAAACAAGCUCUACUUUCUUUCAGCGCGAAAAGGUGCGCCCGGUACCGGAAGUUUCUGUUGGGCCGGACCGGAAAAAGGCACAUAAAGACAACUCUUUGGUCUCCACGCGGCCGCGGCGUUCGCGCGCCCUAACAAAAGAGAUCCCGCGCGACCCGAGGCCGAUAGAAAAUCCGCUUCGAAAGUCCACUUCCUCGUGUGUUUGUGCUGACUUUUGUUGUUCCGAGCGAUGCCGCUCCUCCACAGGAGAACUUUCAUCCGACAGGAACCUCCGGCCGACCUGAGCCCGGACGAGGAGGUUUUUCUCUGCCGCACCACGCACGAAGUCUUCCGCAGCUACGAUGAGUUCUUCGAGAGGACCAUCCUGUGCAACAGUCUGGUGUGGAGCUGCGCCCUAACGGGCCGGGCGGGGCUUACCUACCUGGAGGCGGUGGAGAGUGAGCGGCGAGCCAAGCAGAGCCUGCGCAACUUUCCGCCGGCGUUGAUGGCGCCGCUGCUGCAUCUGGCGGCGCUAGGCCGGCGCUGCCGGCUGAGCGAGCUCUGCGAGGACGUCCUGGCUUUCGUCAAGGAGCGCUUCUUCGUGGGGGAGACGGUGGACGUGGGCAGACACGACAGCGACAGGCACGCGUGUGAGAUCCUUCAGGUGCUGCCGCCACAUCCCGCCAACGGCCGCGGGGAGUCCGCCCAAGUGGGCGGCGCCAUCGUCAUCAGCGACAGUGACGAGGAGGGCGACGCCUUCCAGGGAGUCGCGGCACAUGUGAGCAGGAAGACGCCACUGAGUCCGUCGGCGUUCAAGUACGAGGUCAGGCCCAUCAAGGACGCAGGUGCUGCGCCCUUCGCCGUCCGAGCCGAUCAGAUCAGUCGCAGAAAGAAGGUGAUGUCACGAGAGAGACUGAAGCUGCUCUUCAAGCAACACUGUGAGCCUGCCAACGGAACCAUCCGCAUCAAGACAUCCAGCGUGGUCAAGUACCGACUGGCCGAGCAUGACUUCUCACACUUCUUCCCCGACGAGCCGCCGCGCUUUCCCUGCAGUCCUGGUGCCAAGGUGCAGGGGCGGGGCUUACCUGCACAGGCCAGCACGUCACUGCUGAGAGCGGACAAAGAGAAGCUGAAGGAGGAGCAGAGAAUAAAGUUUGAGGAGGAGAAGCAGAAGAGGAAAGAGGAGAAGGAGCACAGGAAGCAGCAGAAAGAUCAGGAGCGAGAGAAGCUGAAGGAGGAGAAGAAGAAGUUUGCAGAGCGACUGAAGCUGUGGAACAAACCCAGAGAAGACAUGGAGUGUGAUGACCUCAAGGACCUUCCCAGUCCUGUCCCUGUGAGGACUCGUCUACCAGCACAGCUAUUUGGACAGGCACUGAUGGUUCUGGAGUUCCUGCGGGCCUUCGGAGAUGACUUUGGACUGAAAGACGAGUUCCCAGACGGAGUUUCUCUCGAGGUUCUUGAGGAGGCCUUGGUGGGUUCUGAUCCGGAAGGACCUCUUUGUGAGAUGCUCUUCUUCUUCAUCACCGCCAUCUUUCAGGCUCUGGACGAGGAGCGAGAGGAGCUAAGCAAAGACGAAGAUGUGUCAGAAGCUCCCGACUAUGACACCGAUGGCGCCCACUCAGCCGUCAGCACCGCAUCGUCCUCAGCCGCUACGUGGCCUCAGCUCCACCUGGGCCGCAGUCUACAGGAAGUGGACCUGGACAGCUGCACGCUGUCCGAAAUCCUCCGCCUCUACAUCCUGGCGUCCGGCGCCGACUGUAAUCACGGCAGCGCCAAGUUCCGCUACCAGAAACAAGGAGGCUUCACGCUGGCGGACGACCCGUGCGUGGAGCUGUGUCGGGCCCGGCCGGCGCUGAUAAGGAGGCUGGCGUGCACGUCGGUCUACGACCUGAUGCCAGGUGAGAAGCUGAGCGUCCUGCAGGCGCUGGUGGGCAAGCUGCUGUCCCUGGCGUCCAGCAGGGACCUGAUCGAAGACUGCGUGGAAGAGCAGCGCGCUGCCAGGCAAGAACUACGAGAGGUGCGGGCUGAGCAGCACCGGCGCGAGCGCGAGGAGGCAGCACACAGGGUGCGUCUUCGCAAAGAGGAGCGCCUGCGGGACCAGGAGCAGCGCCUGAUGGACAAUGAGCAGCGCCUGAAGCUAAUGCAGCAGGAAGUGAAGGACCACAACAAAGUUUUGAUGCCCCUCGCAGCUGAGGACAGGGCUUCGCUGACCACCUCUGACCCCAAAGCCCUGCCAUGCCCCCCCACCAGCCUGACUACCGAGGAACGAGAGGAAGAGCAGGAGAAGGUUCAAGAGCUACAAGUGCGCAUCCAAAAGGCGGCGGCGUGCACAAGCCUGCAGCCGCUGGGCAGGGAUCGCCUGUACCGCCGCUACUGGCUCCUCCCCUCGGCCUCAGCACUCCUUGUGGAGGAGGACAACUUUGGCCUGACGGAGGACAUGCUGCGGCCCCAUCCCAAACACACCCACGACACCGCCGUUGAGAUGGAGGACGGCGACCACCACCUGCAGGAGCCUGCAGAAGGAAGCGUUGGCUCAAGCCCCGUCCCCUUGUCCUCCUGUGAUUCGCCAGUCAGCCGUCCGAGCCAGUGGUUCUUCUACAGUUCGGUGGAGGAGUUGGACCAGCUGAUAGAUGCCUUGAACCCGCGAGGUCAUCGUGAAAGUGGCCUGAAGGAGGCGCUGCUGCAGGAGCGAGAACAUCUGCAGGAAGUGCUGCAGACCUGCGAGCGCAGCAAGUACACCUGUGCAGACGAUCCCGAGUCCUCCCGGUCCGUCCCAGAAUGCACGGCUGCAGCCCAGACCAUAAUGGAGGCCAGACUGAGAGACCUGCUGCUGGACUUGGAGGAUCGCAUCCACCAAGGGAGUCUGGGGACUGUCAAGGUGAUGGACCGACACGUCUGGCGCUCGGCUUUGGAAGCGGGAAACUACGAGCUGCUGUGUCCUGACCAAAGGACCAACGCACCGGGGGACGCCGUGGAGGUGGACUCCACUCCCAGGUACGAAUGCUGCAGAGGGACAGGUGUGCAAAGAGACCAGCUUGUGGACAGGUGUGUCUGUUGGUCCAGACCACAGGUAGACAAGAUGGCGGAAGGCGGCCGAGGAAGCAGCACGGUCCAAAGUCUGGCUCAGGCGCUAGCACACGUGGAGCGUGGCAUUGAAAGACGCUUCCUCAAACCCCCGCUAGGUGAGGAGGACUGUAAGAAAGAACAGAAGACGAAGAAGAGCAAGAAGAGAGACGACGACCAAGCCAGUGAGGAUGGCAGUGACAGCAGUCGUGUGGCCAAGUCGGUGUUGGAGCGAUGGAGGGAGUCCCUGCUGUCCUCCUCCAGUCUGUCCCAGGUCUUCCUGCACCUGUCCAGCCUGGAGGUCAGCGUCCUGUGGUCUCGCUCCGUCCUCAACGCUCGCUGCCGAGUGUGCCGGCGUAAAGGAGACGCCGACAACAUGCUGCUGUGCGACGCCUGCGACCGAGGACACCACACCCACUGCCUCAGACCCCGCCUCAAGUCCGUCCCCGAAGGAGACUGGUUCUGUCCAGACUGUCGGCCCAAGAAGAAAUCCGUCCGCCUUCCCUCUCGCCAGCGUCCUUGGCGUGACGAGGAGGAGGAGGAGUCUGAGCAGGAGAUACAAGAGGACCAAGAGGUCAACAAGGAGGAAGUUGUUGCCAGUGCCAAGAGAAGUCAGGCCCCGCCCCCUAGAGGCAGGAGCCAGCAGGCCACGCCCAAGAACGUGAAAGACGCCACCUCCUCCAAGCCGUUGGACAAGAAGGCCACGCCCCUUACAUCCAAGGCCAGCGCCAGCAAAGCCCCGCCCCCCGCCAGCAAGAACCUGGAACACAGCAGCAGAAAGGAGGGUCGCACAAAGACAACGGCAGACACGUCGCCACCUGCCCAACCCUGCAAGCCCGUCCUCCCGCCCCCCUCGCCAUCGUCCAGCCGGCGCUCGUCCGGCAGGAACCACGGCGUCCAUGAGCUUUCUGCGUGCGAGCUCCUGAUCGUGGAGCUGGUCCGCCACGAGGACAGUUGGCCUUUCAUGAAGCUGGUAUCCCGCACACAGGUGCCAGACUACUAUGACAUCAUCAGCAAGCCCAUGGCGCUGAGCACCAUCAGAGAGAAGGUCAACAACUGCCAGUACCUCUCCGCAGGCGAGUUCAUGGCAGACGUGGACUUGAUGUUCUCCAACUGUCUUCAGUACAACGCUCGCCACACCAACGAGGCCAAGGCGGGGCUCCGCCUCCAGCAGUUCUUCCACUCGCAGCUCAACAGACUCGGCCUAUCAGAGCGUGGCGAGACACCGCCCACCAAGCGAUCCCGCCACUGAGGCCGCACGGGCCCCUUGACCCUUAACCCCUAGGCCGUCAUUAGAGUACGGGGUACUUGUAAAUGUUGACCUUCGACCCUGAUAACUUGAUGUUCAACAUACUUACGGGGUCAAAGGUCACCAUUUUGACGGCAAAACCUGACCAAACUACUGAUGCGACCUCUGACCUGCGUUCUCAGGGACCAAAGUCAAGAGGAUUCUUGCUGCAGGCCAUCGUCCAUCAUUCCAGUGUUUGAGUGUGCUGUCAACCAGCAGCACUACUUCAAAAUAAGAGCUCUAAUAAGUUAUUAGCUGCUUAGCCUAGCUUAGCAUGAAGCUGAACACUGUUAGCAUAUUGCUGUUGUUCAUCUCACUAAAAUUGUAUACUUGCUAGCAUUCAAGUUGUUUAUUUAUUUAUGACUCAUGUCCUGUUGACAAAAUAAAAGAUCAUCAAAAAA